ACACACGAGAUGGAGAUUUGUUCAACAGUCACAACCAAGAAGCUCUCAAGACUCGCGAAGCUAAUCCUCUUCACCAUCCAGAAGGUCUCAGACGCCUCACGUCACAAACUCCUCACAACUCUCCACCCACAGCUACUCGCGAAACAUGGCAAGACCCUACGAAAAUCUCUAAACGACGCAGUAUCAACUUCCCACUCACGCAUCACGUGCCGUCCUUCCGACUACGAAGACAUCCACUCUUCUUACAUCUCACCUGUCCCUAUCCAGCUGGACUACGAGUUCAGCUGCAGCAGCACCCCACCGAGACGUUCCUACGCCUCAACCACAACCGCACGACGCAGCGGUUCACGCAAACCGCUUAUCAACAAACGCCAACGCAACGCGUAUGUACGGUACAACACGCUCCCUAAGGUCAGAGAUUGUGCCUGGGAGCGACACGUGGCGGCGGCCGUGUUUCCUGACGUAGCUAGCAGCUCGGGAACUAUGGAAAGUGGACACGUGGACAGAGCAGCGGAGGAGUUUAUACAGAGGUUUCAUAGACAGCUGAGGUUGCAGAGGUGGAUGAUGGCUCAAGAGGUUUAAACACAUUCGAUUCAUGGUUACUUUUUGUUACACCAAAAUAUAUCAGUCAUAUCAGAAAAUUACUAUAAUAGGUAACUUUGUAGUCUUGUUUUGACUUUCUAGUUUGGUAUAUAUUUCCCUAGUUUUUUCGUUUUUUUUUUUUAAUUUAUGUUUUUGUGUAAUUUUAAUGAAACCAUGAUCGUGUUUUGGAUCUGUUUGGAUGAAAUUGUAAGAAAAUCGAUUUUUGGAGUUUGAGAAAAGCUCUUUUGUGUGUGUAAUAUCA